CAGCCCGGCGAGUUCUGCACGCAACCUCUCACAGCGCUGGUGCUGAGGGAGGACGAGGCGCUGCUUCAUAUCGCGUUGCAGACGUACACGGAAGCGGAUGGAACGGUGCGAGAGGGCGGGUCGCGUUGGCUCGUCUACGGGCCGCGGCAAUACAUUCCUCCGGUGUACGCGCGGGUGGUGGAGCGGCGGCACAUCAUCAUGACCAACGAGAACUGCGGCGUAUACGUGCGCAACAUCCACACAGGCCAGGUGCGCUCCGUCUUUGGCAAGCCGUUCAUGCUGAGCGCCGAUGAUCAGCUGUGGGAGCGUCCCAUCAGCGCGUACAUGCGGCGACUGCUGGCCGAGCCGCGGCAGUCCCUGCGGGUAACGGACAUGUCCAUGAAAGAGAGGGCGGAAGCCUCAUUGGAGGAAGGCUGGGCAACCACACGGAUGGAGAGGAACGAGCCAUCGUCGAGCACCGCUGCGGUUGAGGUGGCCGGAGGUGGCUGCUACAGCCCCAGCAGCAGUGGCGAAAGCCUCGACUCUUACGAUGACUUCAUGGGCAGGAACGAGUACGUGAACGAGCUGCAACUGCUCAGCACCGCCGCACGCAACGCUCACCCGCCGCGCCUCUCGCGCGACCUCAGGCGCUACCACGUCAUCACGGCCAACAUGGAGCACAACACGCUGGUGCGCCUGUACGACACGAGCACCGGUCUCAGUCGCGUUGUGGUCGGCCCCGCCACGGUGUUCCUGGAGCCGCACGAGCACUUUACCCCGCUCUCCCUCUCCGGCGGACAUCCGAAGGAGCCACACCAGAUCCACUCGCUAUGCCUCUACCUCGGGCCGGACUACAUGGCCGAUAUCAUCGAAGUUGAGACCCGAGACCACGCCCGCCUGCGGCUUCACCUUGCCUACAACUGGGAGUUUGGCGCUGUGGCCUCGAACGGCAAGGCGAGUGGAGUGGACCCCGAGUUGGCAUUUGCCAUCCCGGACUUCAUUGGGGAGGCAUGCAAGGCACUGGCGAGUCGUGUGCGGUCAGCGAUUGCGGGGCAGACCUUCGAGUUCUUCCACUGCAACUCGUCGACGCUGAUUCGCCAGGCAAUCUUCACACCAGCUGCGGACGGCUCCAUCGUCUCCCACGGUGACUCGCUCUGCUUCACUGCCAACGGCCUCUACAUUACGACGGUGGAUGUGCAAAGCGUGGAGCCCGUGGACAUCAAGACGCGCACCGCGCUGGUGAAGAGCGUGCAGCUCGCGGUAGAAAUCAUCACCAAGGCGCAGGAGAGCGACGCCUCCCACCAGGCGGCGCUCCUCGAGCAGGAGGCAAAGGGUGCGUUGGACCUGCAGGUGGUGCAUGAUCGCGCCAAGGCAGAGCAGCAACGCACAGAGCUGCUGCGCGUGAUUAGUGGGAACACAGCACUGGAGCAGGCCGGCGCUAGUCGUGCGCAGGCGCUGGCCGAGAGCGCCGCGCGCCUGGUAGAGGCGCGGGGAGAGGCAGACGCCACACCAAUUCGCUGUGCCGCCCAUUCUGUUGGCAUAGAUGCGGAGCUGGAGGUGCUGCGCAAGCGGGCGGAGCUGGACCUCGCGCACCGCCAGUCCAUGAACGACCUCGCCAUCGACAAGAUCCGCAAGCUGUGUGACAUCGAGGCCACCAAAUAUGAGAAAAUAAUGGCCUCACUCGGAAAGGAAACGCUCAUCGCGAUUGCGAGCGCGGGGCCGGAGCUGAAGGCGCAGCUUCUUGGUGAGCUCGGUCUGCGAGGCUUCGUCGUCACGGACGGCAAGACGCCGAUCAACAUGCUGAACUUGGCAGACAGGAUGGCUGCCGAGCCAACGUCGAUCGCCCCUUCCCCAGGAACCCUCGGAGCGGCGUGA